ACUGAAUUCCGUCGGAUGAUGUUCGUGACCAUGGAAGCGAUUAGCAUCGGCGGAGAGUAGGACAGGACAACGGGGCCUAACGAUGGAAGCGGCAGGUGAAGUGCACUCACACAAGCGGAGGGAAGCAGGCGGGCAUUCAUCAGCAUGACUGUCUUGUCCGUCUGUGUGGCAGGUGAACGUGAUGGUGGUGGGGCUGGCAGUGGGUCCUCUGCGACUCGUCUGCCCGGCAGUGCCACUCAUGCCGCGAACCAUCAGGUGGGCACUCAGCACCGGGCUCAUCUUGUCGCACCAACACGUGUGUGUGUGUGUGUGUGUGUGUGGCGCUCAUGUCGUGCAGGCCGUCAGUGAUCGUGACUUACUCCAUCGCAUGCGGGCGGGGCUGGAUCUCAUGCGUGACCUCGCCGACACACUGCAGACACAGGUAUGCGCCCGGUCGCUUCCGUGAGCACGUGCCUCAUGUAUUGGCUUCUUAUGUGUCAGUGCGUCGAUCUGUCGGCGACCCGAGACGCCCUUUCUGGUCGGCUGUCUGAGGGGCUGAUGCGCAUCGAGUCGCAAGUCGACGACAUGAGGCGAUCAUCGACAGCUCACAGGUGCGCACGUCGACAUAUGUGCGGGAUGUGGGUGCACUUGCAUGGCUUCGUGUGGUGUGGUGUGGUGUGCCCUCAGGUCGGUGUUGACGAGGCGAGUGGCGUAGAAGGAGAGGCAAGCGACACAUCUGACGCACCUCACUCGGUAGGUUCUCGAAGAGGAGAGAGAGCAUCAGUGGCGGCGGGCAAUCUGAUGCACAUGUGUGUGUGCAGGCCCAUGCUGCUGUGAGGGCGGAUGGCUCCUCGGUGCCCUCUUCCCUUGCCGCUGCUGCUAGUGCUGUGUCUGCUGCUGGUGGCCGGGGUAUGAGACGACAGAGGGAUGACACGGCGACCCAUAAGAUGCACCAAGAGCUGUCUGUGUGUGUGUGCAGGUGGUGUGUCGGGGGACCUUGGGCAAGGAGGAGAGAGCAAAGGCCAGCAACAGCUUCAGGAGGUCAGUGUGUGAAUGCACUGACAGACAUGGCUCCCGGGAUUCAUUGCUCUCACUCCCCUUGUCCGUCUGUCUGUCUGUCUGUCUGUCAGGGUGUCGGCAGUCUGACGAGUGAGCCGCUGUGCGAGUGGACGACGUCAUGCCCCUCCUUCACCACUAAGAUGACCUCAGUGCGGCCUCGCGAGGUCGAGAAGGGGCCGGCGGAGAUGACAGAGGACAACCACCACAACAAGAUCAUCGCGCCACGUGCUCUCAACAAGAGCGGCAGCCACAGCAGAGGCCGGUCGUCCUUCGUGUCGCCUCGAGUGGUGUCCCGGUCGCCGCAUGAUGACACAUCACCCUCUGGCCAGCACACGUCUGAUGGACAGGUGAGGCAAACCCAACCCAACAGCAGCCCCUUGCUGGCGCCAUGCAGUCCAUAUCUUUCUGUCCGGUCCAUCAGGUUUCCGUGGGCAUGUCCCCCGUCUGCAGAGGCCGCUCGUCAUCCCUUCCGCCUCCUGUGCUGCCCCGGUCGCCAGCGCCGUCAUCGGCGGCGGCGUCCCACCAGGACACCCCCGGUGCACACGUAAGGAGCAGAGCACAGGAGCCACCCGUCGAUGCCAUCACUGACAGUGUGAUGGAUGUUGAUGGCCUUGUGUAUGUUGUCAUCAGGAGCUUUCGUCAACUUUCCUGGUCGAGAAGGGGAUUGGGAAGAAGCCCAAAUCUAAGGUCAAGGCGUAUAAAUCGCGGUGUCUGGAGAUGUGGGACAGCUUCUAUGGGUCCUCCUCGAUCCACGGUCACGAUGGCGAGACGCACUACGAGGAGUCUUCGUCCCACGACAAGCUCUUCGAGCAGGGGGGCUCACCCAUCCCUCCUGUAAUCAUCGCUGAAUGUGUUGAUGGGUUCGCCGUGCUCGAGCAUGGCAUGGUGCUGAAGGACCCCCGAGGUCUUCUGCCUCCUUCUUUCGGCGUGGCUGAGAGGGGCGAUGGACACCAGGCUGCCGCCCUGACGCUCGAGGGAGGUGUGCGGCAUGGGGCACGUGGUGGCGGCAGCAGUGGGCGAGACGAGCCCGCGGCUGGCGGGGAGGGGGGAGUGGUUGCUGAGGCGGCGUUGCCCAAGAGAGAGGGGCCCGCGGCCACCAAGGAGUCGCCACCAUUGCCCGGCCCGUCAGAGGCCGCAGAGGAGGAAGGCAUCGAGGCGCCCUCUGUCGACCCCCGCGCCGCCCAGCAAGGCACUACGGCCCCCUCCAAGUCAGUCGUCACCGAGCCGUCGCCCCGCAGCGAGGCAGCUGGGACCAACGAGGAACCUACUGCUGCGCAUGCCCCUGCUGCCUCCCCUGACGACUCCAAGUGGGAGGUCGUGUCGGCCGAGGUGCGCACAGACAGCCAAACAGCUGCGGGCGGGGGGCAGACACACACAGCUAGCUGCUGAUCAGAGAGACGCUCUCCAUUGAUGUUCGGUGUGCCUGUGUCUCCUGUCUCUUAACGCAGAAGCCCCCAGCCGCAGCUCCGAGGGCGCCAAGCCUGGGAGAGGACAAAGGACUGGCCGAAGCCAUGGACAUGCUCGAGAGCGCCAUCACCCACGACCAAGAAAAGUCCCUCAGCCGCAGUGGCCACUCCAAGGAGCAGCUGAUGGACAUUGCUGUGCUGGUGUCUACGAUCGAUGGACUCGAGAAGGCCCAUCAGAUCCUCACGGCCAACAUCCCCCGAUUCGACUUCGUCAAGCAUGCCCGCCCAGCCAGAACCCCUGACCAGAGGCCGUGCGUCGAUGUCAGCCUUAUCAAGAUGGGAGACGGAUGGUGCAAGCUCACCAACGGCGUCCAUGAGCGGGUGGAUUCCGGCCCGCUGCGCCUGAUGGACUUGAAUGCGCCGAAUAUCCUCCUCUCCCUCACACUAGCGGAGCUCCGCAUCGAGCCCGCGGCGCCCUCGGCCACGGCACCAUCAGCCACGUCUGCGGCAUCACCAGCGGUCCAGCACUCGGCCGUGGGCAGCCAGGCACCGCAGCCGCCACCGCAAACGGACCCACAACCUGGUAUGGGAGAGAUGAUGAUGUAUGCCAAGAUGUCUAUGCGUUGUUUGUUUGCUUCAGGCGAGUCGUCCAGUGACAUGGCGAUGGGCAGCGAGGUGAAGGAGAGCCAGCCCAUGCCGCCCACCGCACUGCCAAAGGUGAGCUGCUAUGCCCAUUCAUCCAUCCACUCAAAAACAUUUCCUUUGUUGCUUAUGCUGGCAGCCGAUUUCGCGUGACGCCCCCGCCCUCAUCGAUUGACAUGGCAUCCUCCCCAGCCCCCCUUCACUCGCAACAGCAGCAGCAUCACCGGCUGUUGGCCAACAUGGACCACAGCUGCACGUCGGCCACAUCGCUGGCGUCAGGUCUGGGCGCACCACCGCCGGCACCGACGGCGUGGCUGAGAGGGGCGAUGGACACCAGGCUGCCGCCCUGACGCUCGAGGAAGGUGUGCGGCAUGGGGCACGUGGUGGCGGCAGCAGUGGGCGAGACGAGCCCGCGGCUGGCGGGGAGG